UAGGAUAGUGUCAGAGUCUGGCUGGAUACCUACCCAACCCCGUGCGUAAAAGACAUUUUGGACAGAUACUUGGAUAUUCAAACGCAGAUUUUUUUUAAAUGAACUACUGGAGAAACUGAUCACAGACGGAAAAAUAACAUCUUAUGAAGUCAACGUCCAGUUUCGUUACAGAUCGACGAUCUUUGACUUUCUUGUCACGCGUAAAAAAAAUAGUUUUAUGCUCGGUGAGGACUCUGCACGGAACUGCACCAACAGCCUCGGAUGACCAGGAGUCGCCAGAUCCAUAGGUCAAAUAGAUAUUUUAUUGUCAAUAGAUUCUAGCCAUGUGUGCAUUCAGUAGUUGAAGCUCAAACUGCAGCAGAAGUCUGUGUGGUAGUUAGAGGGCGAGGGAGAGUGUGCGCGCUCUCUCGCUCAGGAGCCUCGCCGGACCAGAGGAGGAGGACAUUUGGGGGAGAGGAGAAAGAGCAGCGGCGUCUCCAAGGAUGACAUUAGGGACGGAUAUGUCCGACAACUCUGCAUUGUCCGAGGAUGUGGACAUCGACGUGGUUGGGGGUGAUUUAUCGGUUGGAAAGGACGGAAAGUAUAUUCACCACGAGUUUAACUUGGACAAUGACUCGGACGAUAAUUACUCCCAGAACGCAGUCGAGAUGGUUUCCUCCCCCGGGCUCAGCAGCUCCGACUGCCCGUCAGACCAGAUGAGCUCCAGUGCAGAGGUGGGCUCCGUGAUCGGUGAGAAAUCCAGAAAAAGUGCACUUGUGAAGCCUCCCUACUCUUACAUAGCUCUGAUCACCAUGUCCAUCCUGCAGAGCCCAAAGAAACGUCUUACUCUGAGCGAGAUUUGUGAGUUCAUCAGCAACAGAUUCCCUUACUACCGGGAGAAAUUCCCCGCUUGGCAAAACUCCAUACGCCACAAUCUUUCCCUAAACGACUGCUUUGUGAAAAUCCCACGAGAGCCUGGCAACCCCGGAAAGGGCAACUACUGGACCCUCGACCCAGACUCCGCCGACAUGUUCGACAACGGGAGCUUCUUGCGCAGGAGGAAGCGCUUCAAGAGGCACCAAGCGAAUGAAAUCCUCAGGGACUCUGGUGGCUUUUUGGCCGGGUUUGGCUACGGCCCUUAUGGAUACAACUAUGGACUCCAACUGCAGAACUUCCACGCAGCCCACAACCCGUAUCACCCCCAUCACACAGGUGGUUCAUUCCCGUUUCCUAACGCCCCCUGCACCUUGCCUUCAUCCGCCUCAAUAUUCCCUGCGCCACAUCCUCUACCUGCCCUCUUGGGAGCCGAUUUGAGAAAGCCGUUUUAUCCACAACUUAGCCCGUCUUUACCACCUCUCAAAGCGGACUCCAGCACCACGAGUCGGCCUUCUUUCUCCAUUGACAAUAUAAUCGGUGCGGCCAACUCCUCCGCCUCUUCCUACAGCGCGCAGCCGAGCAGCCAGGCGCAGAUCCUGGCUAUGUUGACCCCGGCACUGGCCUCGGCUUCCAACCAUUUGAACCUUUCACAUGACAGCAUAUUACCACCGCAGACUCAGACUUUUACCAGCAAAACCCCCAAUCUGAACACUUGUCCUUUCUAGAAAGAAUGGCGCUGAAACUGUUUUUAUUAAAAACCCAGUUCUGUCGUCGUCCUGUGUGAAGGUAGGCUGGACAUUCUCGGUGAAGUCAAAGUGGGGUUUGUUUCUCCGAAUUUCCUACCAUCGUAAGAUGACAGAAAUGUUUAUUUAUGGUUUGUAAAUAUGUAAAAUAUUGAAAGACAAAAACGAGAGAAACUCUGAGAAGGAUCUACAAUCUGGCAUGAUGUGGCCUUCAGUUGUCAGUGGGAGAAAAGGAAAACAAACAGAUCCUUAAAAAGGGUCACUCGAAUUUAAAAAUAUAUAUAAUUGAGAAUUUCUAUUAUGAUUUCUAUUGUUUUUAUUUUGUGCGUCGUGAGAAACUGGCACUGUUGUUGUUGUUGUUGUUGUUGUUGACAUAGGCUGACAGAGAACAAACUCAGGUUUUACUUAUAAAGCACAUGGAGACAAAAGGGGGAGUUUCUGACACAAAACAAUUCCCACUCUCACCCACCUCCAUCCUCCCCGAGUCUCCUGUACACGGUGAAUUAGUGACAAUAUAAUUUCAUGUUGUCGGUGGACACGUAGGCUUUGUGGUUUUGGGUAUAAAAGAGCUGAUUACCUCUCUCAACCUUUUUAAUUGUUGUUCGUUCUAUUUCGCGACUGAUUCUGUGAAACAUAGUCUGUCAUGUGUUGCCAAUAGAGAGAGACACCUAAAUGUUCAUAGGUCAUUUUUUGUUGUAAUGACAAGAAUAAUAAAUGUUUGUGAAUUUGAAAAACAA